GCUAGGUUAUGCGUGCUCGUAGAGUAGAUACGGCGUAGAGGUGGUGUACGAGCAGGUAGGUGGUGUGCUCGACGGGGUACGAGUAGAGUAGUCGUCCUCUGCGUGGUGCUCGAGUAGGGAACACACGACGAGCAAGGACUCGCCGUUGAUGGCGUGGCGUUAGGGUGCCGCUGCCGCAGCAGCAGGCAGUCGAAUGAGGACUCCGCGAUGCUCGGGUCGAGAUUCUGCGUUUGGCGGUUUGACGUCGCGACGCGCGAGCGCUGCUCCGUGGAUGGUGGAUGGAUGGGGUGCGCGGUUGCUUGGAUGCGGGGAAGCUUGCUACGUCAUGCUGCUCCCAUCGCGGGACGAGGCAGUUGUUAAGGAGGCGCGAAGACCGCCUCGGGCGUUGAGUUGCGAUGCUCAUUGUCUAAUCCUGAAUUCUGGUCAAGGCAAUACGUACGACCUAUUGAGCGAAGAAACUCGACGAUUACACUUAGCUACCUAUACAGCCUGUACACCUACCACUGUCAUGUCUUCUCACCCACUCACUGGUGGUGAGGAAGAGCUCGCCGGCACUAAGAUUCAGCCUCUCCAGUCCGGCAUCAAGGCCAAUACUCCGCUCGAUACUUCGGGCCGCGGUUCCAUCGGCUCGGACCACAGCAUCGAGUCGACUCACCUCGACCCCAUUGGCAAAGGUAAACGUACUCUGCGCCACAGGCGUGCUGAUGCCUUGGGGUUGGUUGCACUGGUCUUGGGUCGAGGGCCGAGACAAACACGCAAGCAAAGCAUGCACAGUGCUAUGUUAUUAUACAGAUGACAUAGCAUCGGGAGAAGCUCCUUUCGCACUGUACCUAUGUAGAACCGUUGCUGACGG